AUGAUUAAAAAGAAUAGAGUUGUGCCAUUAACGAGCGAGCAUAAUAAAUUAAUUGCACAAAACGAUAGCAAUAAGUCAAGUGAUGAUUUAACAUCAGCUAAUUAUAAUUAGAUAGCAAAAAAAGAUGAUAUAGAAGAGUAGUAAAAAGUAGUUGCAGAAAAAAUAAAAUCUAUGCUAUUGCCUCCUCGAUCUUCAUAAGUAAAUUUGCCUGGAUAAAAUGAAUUUGAUAAAGAUUAAAUACCACCGAAUUUAGAUAUUGCGCUGAAGCACUAAAAAGCAAGCAAAGUUGGUCCUAUUGAUUUAUUAUAAAUGAGCUCUUAAGAUGAAAAGGAAGGGUUGUGUCCUUGUUGUACAAAAACUAUUUAUAGAUCAAAAUUAAGUUUAAGCAGUGAUAAUUCCUAGCUAUCUUAUUUAGGAGCAGGAUUUCCUCUUUAUUUUGGCUUUACAAAAUUCUCAAUAUUUCUCACUUUAAUGCUAUUCUUAACAUCUGGUUUCUUUAAUUUAUUUACAAAUAUAUAUUAUGGGGACUAAUGCUCGAAUAGUUACUAAGCUAAAUAAGCAGUUGAUUAUAAAUACACUUGUCAAAGCAAUUGGAUAACUAUUUUGACUGUUGGAAAUAAGAAAAAUGAAACUACUUUAUUGUAAAUUUAAGAUAUACUGAAUAUGGCUACUGUCUGUGUUGUUGUGUUAUGUUUUUAGUACUUCAGAUACUACAUCAGAAAAAUUGAUACUGUCACUGAUAUAAUUGAUAUUUCUGCAGAAGACUAUACUAUGCUAGUGAAAGAAAUUCCCGUAAUUUAAAAUCCUACAAGUGGGAAUUACCUUGAAGAUUUAAAAAUAUUUUUGUAACAAAAUUUGAUAGAAAAUGCAUAUACUUCAGUAUCAAAGAUAAACUUUUCUUACAAUUUGGUUGAAUUCAAGGCAAUAUAAAAAAAAAAGGAUGCUAUCAUAUAAUAAAAAAAAGCAGCAGUAAAAUAUAGAUACGUUCAUGGUGAAUAUUAAACUGGGUAGAGUGCUUAUAAACUUGAUAAAGAGUUAGAAGUAAUGGAAUCCGAACUAACUUCCCUAUCUAAAAAGUUUUAUGAUUCAAAUGAUGCAGAAAUAUUCUCUAGUAAAUUUACAGGCUGGGCAUUCGUUUCUCUUGAAUCUGCUAAAGAAAAAGACUAAAUAAUAGAUUUUUAUAAACCCUUUCAUAGGAUUUUGCGAUUUUCUAAAAAAUUGAAUUACGGUGGAAAGUAGUUAUAAAUUCAAAAACCACCAGCCCCAUCUGAUGUAUUUUGGGAAAAUCUUCACAUUCACAGCCAAAAUUUGAGAUAGAUUUUUAUGUAUAUAAUUCUUGUAGGUUUACUAACUGGAUGCUUCUUUGUAGUGAAUUAAAUUUUAAAACAAUAAUAAACUAUUAAAAACAACAAAACAGUUUAUGUCUAUGAUACUGAGGUCACUCUUCAAAUAGUUGGAAUAGUAAUAUCUGUAAUUAUCAAUGUUAUGAAUUUGAUCUUAAAAGAACUCUGCAUUUUAUUUACCAAUUUGGAAAAAUAAAAAACAAGAUCUGAAUAUUACAUAAGUGCUAUUUAAAAGAUAUCCUUGACUUAAUUUACAGUAUCUGCAUUGAUUAUUUUUGGAAACUAGAUGUUUUACUUAGAUGGUGGAAGCUAUUUCUAAAAGAUAUUUGAUAAAGGUGGUUUAGUAUAUAAUAUUUAAUAUGUGUUUAUCACAAGCACAAUCAUGGGCUCUUUCUUACAGUUUCUGAACAUUCCUGGAAUUUUUAAAGCAAUUAAAAGAUAUUUUGCAAAGAAUUCUUGUUAGAAUCAAACUAAUUAUUCGACUCAAUAAUAACUCAAUUAAAUAUUUGAAGAUCCUGAGUUUGAUAUCAUUCUUAAGUAUAGCAGACAGCUAAAAACAAUAUUUUUAAUGGCUUUCUAUGCUCCAAUCAUACCUGCUUGCUUGCCGUGGGUAGCAUUAACUCUUUUACUCAACUAUAUUUUAGAUAAAUACGAGCUAGUGUAUAGAAGAAUAGUGAAGUAUAAUAUUAGUAAUGAAAUUACUAUAGAAAUGACUGAGCUUUUAGAACUUGCAAUUAUAAUAUUUUGUGCUGGUAAUAUAUUCUUUUCUAUCUUUGUAAUUGGUAAUAAUAAUCUUGGAAUUGAUAGCAUUUAUCAGUUUAUUGCUUGUGGAAUUGGCUUAAUAAAUGCAGUUUUACCUAUGCAAAAAAUAAAUUAAAAACUAUUUAAAGUUGCAGAUGCACCUCCUAAUGAAUAAUCUUAUUUUUAAAUUGAAGAUAAAUUUAACACUGACUAUGAGAGAGAAAAUCCAGCAACAAAAUAAAUAGCGAAAUAAAAAUUCCUAGAUAGAUUAAUGCAAGUAAAAUAAAAAGAUGAUAAUAAAGUACAGUAGAAUCUACGUAUUCCUCUAUCAAAUUUAACUAAUAUAAACGAGUAAAGUGUUGAUUAGCCUUCAACUAGAAGAAGAAGGAGACAAUAAAAUAAUCCUAAUUGA